AUGAUUGAUAUAUUACCAUCAUCACGUGUUUCACGUGCAUUUGGCUCAGAAGUUUCUUACUCAGAUGCAUUAUCGAAUGUACAUAAAUUUAAUUCACGUCUAUUACGUGAAAGACGUAUUCGUUUGCGUUUACCAUUUGUUGAUUCACAAACACAUAUUAUUCAAACACCAACACAACAUCAUUUAUGGAAACAACCAAUUCAACGUCUUAUGCCUUUUCGUCAUGAUCAAGUUUCAUGUUAUGAACGUAAACAAUGGCAUAAAAGAAGACCACAUCCACCAUCAACAGUAAAUCAAUUGCAAUCAACUAAUUCAACAACAAAUAUAUCAAAUACUGAUGAACAACAAUUAGAUUCUUUAUCAACAAAACCUAGUAAUAUCAAUGGAUCCUUACAAGUAUCAACAGAUGAUGAUCCUCGUGUUGCUGUACGAGCUGGUGAUCUUGGCAUGUCAGGUUCCGAUGUUCAUAUGAUUUCUACAAUUGAAAAUCCAGCUGGAACAGGUGGUCGAUUUGCUGGUGGUUCAAGUGAUGAUUCAUCUCAAUCUUCUGCAACACCAAUGACUGGUCUUGUUCAACCUCAACAACCACAUUGGCCACAACAUAAUACAACAUCUCACAAUCAUCAUCUUCAAAGUUAUAUUCUUGAAGGUGAUGAAGAUCUAGAUGAUAUUGAUUAUGAUGAUUAUGGUGGUAAUGGACCUGGUACACCUGGUGGUCCAUCGUCUCCUGUAUCUACUACUACAACACGUUCAAAACGUGGUAGUUCUACGAAACGAUUAUCACAUUCUAGUACAAGAAAGAGUAAUACUGGAGGAAACUCUGCUGGUAGUGGUAGUGGAGCGACUGGAAGUGCACCUAUUCAUCCUGGUCAUCGUCGUCAACAAUAUACACUUGCUGAAUUACCAUAUGUGUGUGAAUUUUGUCCUGCACGAUAUAAAACGAAGCCUGGCUUACAAUAUCAUUUAGCUAAACAUAAAGAAGCAAAUACAGAUCAUCGACCAUCAUCUUCAACACCAACAACUGCUGAUAAUAGUGGAUCAUUAUCACCCACAUCAGUUAAUACAUCAUCAAUGAUGAAACAAAAAUAUAUGAAUCCACCUAUUGAUCAUCCACAACAACAACAACAACAACAACAUCCUAUGUAUUCGAAUCAACCUAUGCCAGGCGGUCCAAUGCUUCAUAAUAAUACGAUUGGACAUGUACCUCAUGGUGGUGCUCCUCCAGGAAUGCCGACACCACCUUAUCCAAUGGGUCAUCAUCAUCAGCCACCACAACAACAACAACAACCACCACCAUCAUAUGGUAUGCCACCUCAACCUCAUCAUCAUGCAAUGCCUCCAUCAGCUUCCAUGCCACUCACUGUUGCUGCUUUAUCUGGUUCGGCACCUCCUACUAAUGUUCCCUAUUAUUCUCAACAACAACAACAGCAGAUGGCACAUCAACAUCAUAUGAUGAUGAUGCAACAACAACAACAACAACAACAUCAACAGCAGCAGCACCACCACCAACAACAACAACAGCAACAACAACAACAACAACAUCAACAGCAGUUUCAACAACCACCAAAACAACCUACUCCAUCAGCUGACCCUUUACCUACUGUUAUGACAGGUAUUCAAUGUGAUUUCUGUGGAGGUGAUGAACAAGAAAAUAAAACAACGAAAUUACCAGAACAAAUGAUUACUUGCAAAGAUUGUGGUGGUUCUGCGCAUCCAACUUGUCUUAAAUUUACUCCUAAUAUGGUUCGUCAAGUUAAAACAUAUCCAUGGCAAUGUAUGGAAUGUAAAACAUGUACUGAAUGUGGUAAUUCUGAAAAUGAUUCAGAACUUUUAUUUUGUGAUGAUUGUGAUCGUGGUUAUCACAUGUAUUGCUGUACACCACCUCUAUCAGCAGCACCUGAUGGCGAUUGGCGAUGUAAAUUAUGCUCUGCUCAAUUCGGCGAACUUCGAUCUUGA